AUGAUUUUUUUCCGCUAUCAGAUGUUCAGAUUCAUUUGGCUUGCCAGGCCAACUGGCCGGUACCUUCACAAAGAUCACCAGCUUUGGGCACCUCUGACUCUUGCUGACUUUGAAGCCAUAAAUCGCUGUGAGAGAUCAUUGCCUAAAAACUUUAACUUUGCUGGGGAUGUGCUGGACCAGUGGUCCCAAAAAGAAAAGACAGGAGAGAGACCAGCCAACCCAGCCCUAUGGUGGGUGAAUGGCAAAGGGGCUGAGGUGAAAUGGAGCUUUGAAGAACUGGGCUCCUUGUCCCGAAAAGCUGCCAACGUGCUCAUCAAGCCCUGUGGCCUAAAGAGAGGAGACCGAGUGGCUGUGAUUCUGCCCCGUAUCCCAGAGUGGUGGCUUAUAAACGUGGCUUGUAUGCGAACAGGGCUGGUCUUCAUGCCAGGAACAACCCAGCUGACAGCAAAAGACAUUCUCUAUCGGCUGCGAGCAUCCAAAGCCAAGUGUGUUGUGGUCAGUGAGGAGGUGGUCCCAGCAGUGGAGUCCAUCAUGUCAGAGUGUCCUGACUUAGAGACCAAACUCCUGGUGUCUCCACACAGCCAGAACGGGUGGCUCAGCUUCCAGGAAUUAUUUCAAUCUGCCUCUGCAGAGCACAGCUGUGUAGAAACAGGAAGUCAAGAACCAAUGGCCAUUUAUUUCACCAGUGGGACCACAGGUGCUCCCAAGAUGGCCCAGCACUCUCAGAGCAGCCUUGGAAUUGGGUACACCCUUUGUGGAAGGUAUUGGCUAGACCUGAAGUCCUCAGAUAUCAUAUGGAACAUGUCUGACACUGGCUGGAUCAAGGCUGCCAUUGGCAGUGUGUUUUCAUCCUGGCUUCAGGGAGCGUGUGUCUUUGUACAUCGGAUGGCCCAGUUUGACACUGACACUUUCUUAGAUACGCUCACCACUUAUCCCAUCACGACCCUGUGCAGCGCUCCCACUGUGUACCGGAUGCUUGUGCAAAAAGACCUUAAGAGAUAUAAAUUCAAGAAGCUACAGCACUGCUUGACAGGAGGGGAGCCACUCAACCCCGAGGUGCUGGAACAGUGGAAGGCACAAACUGGACUGGAACUGUAUGAGGGCUACGGACAGACAGAAGUGGGAAUAAUUUGUGCCAAUCAGAAAGGACAAGAAAUUAAACCGGGCUCAAUGGGCAAAGCAGUACAGCCCUAUGAUGUCCAGAUUAUAGAUGAAAAUGGCAACGUCCUACCACCUGGCAAAGAAGGGGAAAUUGCCCUCAGACUACAGACUACACGGCCUUUCUGUUUCUUCUCUGAAUAUGUGGACAAUCCAGAGAAAACCGCUGCCACGAUAAGAGGGAAUUUUUAUGUCACUGGAGACAGAGGAGUGAUGGACAGUGAUGGGUAUUUCUGGUUUGUUGGUAGAGCUGAUGAUGUCAUCAUAUCCUCUGGGUACCGUAUUGGGCCAUUUGAAGUGGAGAGUGCACUAAUCGAGCACCCAGCAGUUGUUGAAUCAGCUGUUGUCAGUAGUCCAGAUCCAAUCAGAGGAGAGGUAGUGAAAGCUUUUGUUGUCUUAUCUGCACCCUUUAAAUCAUCCAACCCAGAGAAAUUAACUCUUGAACUUCAGGAUCAUGUGAAAAAAUCAACUGCACCUUACAAAUAUCCAAGAAAGGUGGAAUUUGUUCCAGAACUCCCAAAGACAAUCACUGGGAAAAUCAAACGCAACGUUCUGAGAGACCAUGAAUGGGGUAGAACAUAGCCUGAUAAGAGACGAUGGCAUUAAGUUGUUAAUAGGGCUGCUUUUAGUCCUUGCUUCCUAACAAUUUAGUGAUUAGUCUCUUAAAAU